AGAGAAAUACAUAUACAAAUACAUAUAUGUAAAUACAUUUGUGAUGUUCAAUGUGAAAGUGAAUUAUUAAAUGUGUGUGCCGAGAAAACUAACCAAAUUCAUUGUUUAAUAAAGAUAAAAAAGUGUAUAUUGUGAAGCAAAAAAAUGAAACAUACAUAUGUGCAUAUGUGCAUGUACAAAUGUGAUUUUGCAGGCAGCCAAGGUGACAACGCACAACUGGUGCUUGUUACAUAAAAACCAACCUCGCCCUCUUCGUCAUAAUUAACAUCGUAAUCAACGUGGUCAUCGACAUCAUCAUCUUUGAGUGAGAGCCAGAAGCAGAAGCAGCAGUAGCAAUAGGUGCAUCUCAAGCAAUAUCAAACAUCCAAUAAGCCGCACAACAACACGAAGUGAAGUAGCAGCAGCAACAACAACAGAAGGAGCCCAACAGAGGGGCAGAGGGGGAGCGUCAUGAGCGUCUUUGAUGAUUUCCAACGCCUGUGGAUGCAACGUUUUCCACAGAGCUCGCUCUCCGAUGCCUGGGAGCAGGAUGUUCGCGCCUCCCUUGAGCGGCAUCGUGUCAAGAUCACAGAACUGGGCAAGGAGCUUGAACAGGAGACGCUUUAUGUGGAGUAUCUGGAACGCUUGCUCUCCGAUGUGGAAAAGUAUCGCGCCUCAGGCGGAGAUCCAACUGCGCUAUUCGAGGCAGCCAGCGGCAGUGGGAGUGUGAGUGGGAGUAGCAGUAAUGGCGCAACAACAACAGCAGCUGCCGUGGAAAAGGAGUUCAAAUCUAGCCUAAAUCUGCGCGAGUCAUCCUCGCUGUCGGUGGCUGGGGGCAAGGACAAGGAUCGGCUCUCGCUCAACACAGACAACAAAUACACACACACAUCGAAUGCCGCUGGCAGCGGCAGUAGGGCGGGAGGAAGUGCAAGUGGAGGAGCAGUCGUGGGAAAUGGGAAUGGGAACGGUUCGGGCGGUAGUAGUGGGCUGAACUCUGCCCCGAUCGCGGGUGACAAACGCGGUUUGGAGCCCAGCUUCGAGCGAGAGGACAGAGACAAAGACAGCGGCAACGAGAAGGAUGCCAAUGGAGCACUGCAUCAGUGCAUCACGGAGCUGGCGGCAUCAAUCAAUAGUGGAGGCGGCGUCAAGCGGCCGGAGGCCGUUGAGGCAGAGCGGGAAUCAUCCGCGCGACAGCCGGUGCGCAAGACCACGUCGCAGUACGUCACCGUCAUUCAGGUCAAGGAGGCCAAAGACAAAGAUGGUGACGAGGCAUCCUCAGGAAACGACCAGCAGCCGACGCCACCAUCCACAUUUUCACGCUAUGCGCCAGGAGCUGGAUCUGGACUGGGCGCCGAGCCAUCGGCACCGCCCCUGUCGCCAUCAUUGUCUUCGUACAUGGAAGCCAAGAAGAAAAUGCCACCCAGACCUCCUCCAAAGAAUAUACGACGCGUAGAGCCGCCCACCAUUCCCAGCCAGCAGCAUCAUCAGUUGUCAUCGUCGCCGAAGCGCGAGACUGCGGCAUAUGCGGGCAGCACCAUGCCCCUGCCCAGCAGCUCUGUCGGCAGCGGCAGCCUCUCCUCGGACAGUCCGGGCAAUUCGCUGGAGCGCAACAUUAAGCCCUCGGACAUCCUUAGGCAGAAGUCGUCGGAGAAUCUGGACGCCAAGUACGCGAACAACAGGAAGACCACGCCGGAGCUGGGGAAGUUUGUCACCAAUCCGGAGCUGAUGGAGGAGCUGGGCCGUAAGAUGGUCGGCAAGAUGGACAGCCUGGAGCAUGCGAAGCGUAGCGAUGCGUCCUCUAGCGCCGCCAGUGGCGGCAGCAGCAGUCUGGGACGUACCUCUUCCACGCCCGGCAGACCUCUAAAUCCGGGACGAACUGGAGCGGGGACAGUCGGAGCCUCGCCCACAGGCAGCCUAAACAAGACUGCAAAACUGGCAGUGGCCGACAGCAGUUCCACCAGCAGCCUCGAGAAGAAGUCGCGCACCUCUCUGCAGGCCAGCGACGCAGAGGGAGGCGCUGGCAGCGGUGGAGGAGCAGCGACACAACGCAGUGCUGGCUCCAAGGAAUCACUGGCAUCACAAGGCAUAUCGGAAGUUAUCAAGAGCUAUGAGAGCGUUUCCUCGCUGAGUUCGGAGAGCGCCAAGGCGGCAGCACAUCAGUCGCCGGCGGAUCAUGAGCCAUACUAUGACAGCGUGCCGCUGGAUAAUGGCGAUGGGGAGUAUGUUUUCAUCAAGCCCGGACGCACUGGGUCCUCGUCGAGUCGUGAUGAUCUUUCCACGCCUGGCAGCAGCACCCUGCCCAUGGCCCAGGGGCUCAGCAGUCAGACGAGCGUGGUGGAUCCUGAAUCUCCUGGUCGUACCUCAAACUAUGUGAACAUCGAUUACUUUCUUCAACAGAGCAAUGAGACCCGUUCCAGUUCACUGGACAGCGAUGGCGAGUACGAGGGACCGCCCAUACUACGCACCAUUUCACACGACGAGCAGACCACGUCACAAACCACACCAGGUGCACUGCGCAAGAACUUAGUUUCAGCGAUACUCGUGAGUGGGAAUGCGCGUGGUGCCAAGAUACGAUCCAUACUGAGCUCCAUCAUACACAGCGAGACGAUCUACGUGGAGUGCCUUAACAAGAUGAUGCAGUAUAAAAAGGCAAUCCAUGCAACGUUGGGCACCUCUCAGCCUGUGAUCAAGGAGGAGGAGGAGAACACAAUGUUCUUCAAGAUCGAUGAGCUCUUCGAGGUGCACACGGCCUUCCUGAGUGACUUGAAGACAAUUGUGUCGCACGAGGGCGGCGAUGUGCUGAUUGGAGAGGCCUUCAAGCGGCUGGCGGACAUGUUCGAGCUGUACAGCGCCUUCCUGCACAACUAUGGCCAGGCCAUCGAGACGGUGAAGAAGUGCAGUGCCAGCAAUCCGCAAUUCAAGAAGAUCGUCGCGACGAUCGUUGUUAAUCUGCAGACGGAGCAGUCGCUCACGUUGGAGGAUCUGCUGCACAAGCCGGUGGCCAGGGUUCAAAUCAAUGCGAUGGUCUUUAAUGAUCUGCUGCGCGAGACACCAGCCAACCAUCCGGACCAUCAGCCGCUGCGGCAGGCUCAAAAGAUCAUACAGAUGUUCCUUAACCAGUUCAACGUCUGCCAGCGUCUGCCCACAGAGUCCAACCGAAAUCUGAGGCGCAUGGUGCGCAACUCCUUCAUUGUGGAGCUCGUGGACGGGCAUCGCAAGCUGCGGCAUCUCUUCCUCUUCAACGAUGUGAUUGCGUGCGCCAAGUACAAGGCUCUGGGCCGUGAUCGCAUUGACUACGAGCUGAAGUGGUUCAUACCGCUCAAGGAUAUCACCGUCUACGAAGAGGCCGAUAGCGCGGCUGAGCUCAAGGAAUCUAGUCCCGCGAACAUUUCGCAAGUGAAGCGCAACCUACGCUCGGUGCGUGACCAGCUCAUCCUGGAGGCCAAUGGGGUGCGCACCGGCGACAAGUAUCGCCGCAAGUUGGCCGAUCUGGAGUCACAGCUGGUGCUGGCCACGCCCAAUCUGGUACUUCGCCUGGGAAACAAGGCCAACAACAAGGCUGUCACCUUCUUCCUCAGCUCGGACUUUGAGCGAUCACAGUGGAUUGAUUCAAUCACAUCGCUCAAGCAAAAGUGCAAUCUGCCUGGAGCGAAUACCAUCAACUCGCUGGAGGUCACCGCCUUCAUUGUGGCCAUGCAAAAGGGCAUGAAGACUGAAAUGGGUUCGUAUCUGAUGCGCAACACCAACGACGAGAGCCUGCUUGUCGGUGAUCUACACAUGAGCAUACAGGGCCUAGCCGGGCUCGAGAAGCCAUCGGAUCUUUAUACAUGCGUUGAGGUGGACUCCUAUGGUCACUACUUCCGCAAGGCCACCACAAAAAUCAUUUGCCGCAGCCAAACGCCAGUGUGGAACGAGAGCUUUAUGCUCGAACUGGAGGGCAGUCAGAAUGUGCGCAUUCUACUCUACGAAGCAAAGGAUCGUCCGCUGCUGAGAGCCAAACACAUACUAAAGUUGAGCCACAGCUGGCUGACUGAGACCCAGCAGAUGCGCACAAUCAAGUUGAGCGAGACCCUAGAGCUGAGCUGCAGCUUCCGUUUUGUGCCCGGUGAGCUGUGCCGUGCCACAACGAAGCCAGGCGCCCUCUUUGGUGUCAAAAUGAGUCAAGUAUUAAAACGCGAGAAACGCGACAUUCCGUUCAUCAUCAGUGCCUGCAUACGGGAGGUGGAGCGACGUGGAAUGCUGGAGGUGGGUUGCUAUCGCGUCAGCGGCUCUGCCUCCGAUCUGUCCAAGCUGAAGAAGGCCUUUGAGUCGGAUGCCUAUGAGGCGGAGCAGCUGCUGCGCGAGGUGGACAUUCACUCGGUGACGGGCAUACUGAAGACUUUCCUGCGUGAGCUGCCCGAAGCUCUGUUCACGGAUCAGCUAUAUCCGCGCUUCUUCGACACAUUCAGCACGCUGAGCAACAACAACGAGGCAACGCGUAUCAACGAGUUGCUGAAGGUGUUUGACGAGCUGCCGCAGGCCAACAAGGCAUCGAUCUGUUUGAUCCUCGAUCAUCUGAUCAGAGUCCACGAGAAGGAGGCCGACAACAAGAUGUCCCUGCACAAUCUGGCAAUGGUCUUUGGGCCCACACUUUUGCGGCCGGGACAGACGCAGGUGAAGCAAAAGGAUCCACUCGCGGCCAGCACUGUGGAUGUGAUGGCCCAGGCCGGGAUACUCUAUUGCUUUCUGCAGGCGCGCAUUAAGAACUAGAAUUACACACACACACACACACACACGGGAUUGGAUUGGAUGAUAUAUAAAUAUAUAUAUAUAUAUUUUUUUUAAACAUAGCAAUAGCCACGCGUAAAUGCAAGCACUUUGUCCAGAUCACACACGCUGAAGCCCCAGUUUCACAUCCCAAUCCCUCCAAGCAAACACAAACACCCACACACACACGCACACGCACACGCACACACUCACUGGAAAAUGAGCUGCCAGUUGUAUAUAACCGGAGAAUGAGAAAGGAAAGCGGAGCGGCAGCGGGGAGUCUGCCAAACGAUUUACGGAUUUAAAAGAAACAAAUUAAGAGAAAAACCUACUAAAUGAAUGAACAAAUUUACAAAAACUGCUCAAUGGCGGUCACUGGCGCACACACACACAAAUAUAUACACUGCACGGAUGCUAAAGUGUUCAACACUUUGGCUGAUCCACAGACACAGACACAGUCCCUGUCCCUAACAAGGCUUACCUUAUGUAGCUUCUUGGCUUGUAUACUCGUCGAACAUAUGAUACGUAUAGAAAUAUAUAUCCUACAAAUAUAUAGACAACACACAAACAUAUAUAUUCAUAUAUAGAUGAUAUGCUUCUUCAGCUUUACGCAUAAUGUAUACCACACACACCAAAACAUAGGAGAGCGUUACGCACACACACGAUCGGUGCUCCUGCCACCUGCCUAACCCUCAGCUUACUGCAAAACCCACAACAAAUGCAAAUGCAAAUGCAAAAAUUUCCAAUUUUCAAAAGUAUAUAAAUAAAAUAAAUAUACUUCAAUGGCAGACACAUACACCUAAAUAAUCAUUACAAUACGAUUACGUAGGACUUAUAAUUACCCAAGUGUAGAAUGGAAGAUUGAUUGAUUGGCGUUGAUGUGCAGUGAUCGAGAGUAUGUGUAUGCUUACAUAAAGUUCUGUUUUUUUUUUUCGUCGUCUUGUUUUAUAUUAAUUGUUUAGGUUUUAUAUAUAAAUA